GAACGACAUUGAGAGAUCUACGGAGCCCGCCGUCGAUCGCGUUGUCUGUCUCCUUUUCCCAAUAUUUACUUCCUCUUCUUCUUCUCCGCAAAAUCAUCUGUUGUUCAUAUAAGUUCCCCUUCUCAUUCCGUCAAAGGGAAUCAGGGAGACCUGAAGUAUUGGAUAAGAAAUCCAUGGGUCAAUCCUCUAGCCGCAGCAGGAGGCGCGACGAAGACCGCCAAAGCUACCCCCGACCUGCCCCAUUUUUUCCACCACCACCAUUAAGUUCUACUCGCAAUACUUCCUCUCAACCUUAUUUCAGCACCCCUUAUUACAAUCCUCCUCCAACCACCCCAUUUCCGUACUACUACGCUUACCAACAGCCGCCAAGCAGCAACUACAACGGACUGAUGGGCUUUUUCCAGUCUUGGCUGACUAACAGCUUCCCUUCUUUCUACCGUUCAAAUCAGGGGAACGUGUCGUGGAAUUCUGCCGUUCCACCACCCCCGGCCGCCAUACCGCCCUAUUCUUCUUUCUCCGAGGCAUCAUCUUCAUCCACGGUGGUCACGCCGCCCCCUUACGUUGACCACCAAAAGGCAAAGACUAUAAAGAAUGAUGUUAAUUUGCAUAAAGACAUGAUUCGGUUGGAAGUGGAUGUGCAGAACCCGGAGGAAUAUCUGGUUUCCUUUGUCUAUGACGCUGUCGUGGAUGGGAGCAUCACCAUAUACUACUUUGCUAAAGAAGGAGCCAACUGUAGUUUUUCCUCAACCGAAGAAGACAUCUAUAAACCCAGGAAUUAUCUUUUUGAGAAAGGAAAGGCCAAAAAUUUCUGUCAACCAUCUGGGCAUGGCAUUGAUUUAGGCUUCUUUGAGUUAGAGAGCCUUUCAAAGCCAGUAAAUGGAGAAGCCUUCCCACUAGUUAUUUAUGCCAAAGCAUGCGGGCCAACUGCUGAAGAUGGCCAGUCUUCUCAAUCUUCUGCGUCUCACGUGCAGAUUACAUUAGCUAUCAUUGAGAAGAAUAGUAAAGGAGAGUUUGAAGCUAAAGUUAUAAAGCAAAUUCUAUGGAUUGCCGGUGAACGUUAUGAGCUGCAAGAAAUCUUUGGCCUGGAUAAUUCUUCAAGUGAACAGAUAGAUGAUGGUGAUGAUGAUAUUGGUAAGGAGUGCGUAAUCUGCUUGACAGAACCUAGGAACACUGCAGUCUUUCCCUGCAGGCAUUUGUGUAUGUGUAGUGAUUGUGCAAAAUCUUUGAGGGUCAAAUCCAAUAAGUGUCCCAUAUGUCGUCAACCUGUUGAGAAACUAAUGGAAAUCAAUGUAAAUUUGAGGAGCUCUAAUAUGUAAAGAUCGGCUUCAGUCUUCUUGAAAUUUGACAGAGGUAAUGAAAAACAAAAACCAUGUAAAUAUUAUAGAUAUUUAUGGACUCCCAUUAUGUUGACCUUAAAUUUUAUGUUAGCUGUGCCUAUUAAUAUUUUGAAUAAAUGCUGAACAGCACGCAUAAUUGUGUUUUUUCUGCAAUCAAAUGUAUUGCAAGUCUUAAAAGAAUUGCGGUUAAUACUUCUUUUAAUUUGUCUUAUCUGAGGAUAAUGGAGGGAGAAGUUAACUUGGUUAUAUGGAAGGGUAUGAAGUUGACCGAAGCGCUUUACACGCUCCAGCAAUGAAGCCUACAUGUCACCCAACUUGUUCAAUGUGAAUGUAAAGAGCAUAACUACGGCCAACUCCAUGUUUAGCUUUCAUGAAGUUGGGUUAUUUUGUUGCUUUGCUACAACCAUGAAAAAUUUUCAAGAUAACCUAAAUCAUUUAGUAAUGUUGCUUUAAUUUGUCUUAACUGCUUCCCUGCUUGAAUAUUUUCUAAUUUUUGGAGAGUACAAAAAAUGUGGUAAUUCGGUUUCAUAUGCCUUUUCCACAAUCAAAUGUAUCGCAAGUCUUUCAGAAAUUACACUUGAUAUUGCUUUGAGUUUUAGUCUUUUGAUAAGGGAAAGUUAGUGAACUCGGCCAUAUGAGAAAGAAU